GUAUCAAGACUAAACGUAAAACGUGUUGAAUUGUGAAAACAUGGCGGACAAAUCGCUGGAUGAAAUCAUCCAAGAGAAAAAGAUAGGUGGUUCGAGAGGCCGCGGACGUGGUCGAGGAACAUUUCGUGGGGGUAGAGGCAGCAACGCUUGGCAGUCGGGCAGAGGGAGAGGGGGUGGUCGUGUCCAGAAACCUGUGGGGGGCGGCAACUUCCGAGCAUCCAUGCCCAACAGGGCUCAGGUAGUCCAGUCGCUGACCAGGCAGAAGGUGUUCCGGCCCAGCCAGGCCAUUGCGGUGACCGUGCCCGAUGCCCGGGACAAGCUGAUCCACAAGGCCAGGCUGACAGACGCGCGGGAGAAGCUGAACAAGAAGGCACAGCUGGUAGAUGUGCGAGUGAAACUGAACGCCAGACGGCAAAAGGGCCAACAGCAACAGCAGCAACCGCAGCAGCAGCUGACAGGGACUGAUGGUACACCUGGAUCCCAGCUACUAAACCCUGGAAAGAGAAAGCUGACAGAAAUCACCAUCAACAAUCCCUCAGCAGCCAAGCAGCGUCAGAUGACGGGGCCCACACAAUUCACCAUCAGCAACCCACAGACUAAGACACCCAAGGCCAAGGUGGGAGCUGACAGUGGGGGGGUGUCAAUCAGCACGGACGGACUACAGGUCACCACUGUCAACAAAUCGGCACAGAAGAGACAGGCCAAACAGCAGACGUUACAACUGCAGCGCACCGUACCAGUGGAGGAUAGUUUGGAGGAUGAUCUCAUCUUCCAGCCUGUGUCAGCGAAGUUCAAGAAGAUUGCAGCCCAGGCACCUCCUCUACGUGUACCACAACCGAACAUUAAGACAACCAUCCAGGAUGUAAGGCAUGAUGUCCUUGGCUUCUCUGCACGUGACCUUGGCAGCCCCUUCCAAUUGGGGAAUGUACAACAGACGGCUGCACUGCAGCGGGUGGCAUCCCAGGAUCCUCUGUCAGUUGCUGCCUCGACUCAGGGUACCAGACUCAUUGUCAGUAACCUCCAUUCCAGUGUCUCCGAAGCAGACAUUAAGGAAUUGUAUGGAGACGUGGGACCAUUGAAGAAAGCACGCCUGGUACGUUCAGGCCUGGCCGAGGUAGUGUACAUCAAGCGGGAACAUGCUCUUGAGGCCAUUGCUCGGUACCACAACCGUGAGCUGGAUGGGCUGCCCAUGCAGUGCAAGCUAGACACCAGCACCGUACCCGAGGCUGCCGGCGGCAUUCACAUCCCCGUCUCAGGAAAGCGCAUUUCCAUGAAUGAGAGAUUCAAAUUAAUUGGGGCAGGUGCAUCUGGGACUACCGAUUUCUCUCCCUCAACGGUCGGCAUGAGAUCAGACGCAAUGAGCCCCAACAGUGACCCCAUCGAUGCCACAACCAUCCACAAGGCACUGUUCAAAACGGGAGCCUCAUCAGCAGCUUCGUCGCGGCCGGUGGUGUUCACGGUGAAGAUAUGAGGAAAAGCCCCAAACAGUGCAAGGAAUACAGCUUGGACCAGUCCUCACCAAAGCAAAGGGAGAAAUGGACUUCAGUUGGGUCUGUUUGAAAUACCCCAUGCAAUGGCUUAGAGUCAGAAGUCAUGCAUGGCCGUCUGUCUUUAGCACAAGGCUGUUAUUCGACUCCAUGCCUGCUUCAAUAGUUCAUAGUUGUAACCUGCAUCCUGAGGUGCUCUUGUUGUCCUGGCAAGUGUUUUACAAAAUAUAUGUACAGGAAGCCGUAACCAUCAGUAUGUACAUGUACUUUCAAGAUUUUGGGAAAGCAGCCUUGUAAAUGGUAAUUUCUGGUUAAACAAUAACUUUUGGGCUGCCUUUGAGUUGCACACACCAGUGCAGUCAUCCUUGCUGUCUGUAACAACUGGUAGAUGGGAAGAGAUGUCCUCACCAGCAUUAGCAAGGUCUUCUCUUUGCAAAAUGUUGUAGCAGCAAUGAUGGAGAUUCUACAUGAACAUUAAUACGCAUUGCUGCAAGUCCAUCCCUGCCCGUGCAAUAAGUGCAUUGUGUAGCUCAAAUUAACCCUAACCCCCCAAGUGUUGCUGGCCCUAACCUUACCCAUUCACACAAAGUUAAACACCCAUAUGGGACU